CACCGUGACGCCUCAGCUGCCGCCGCACCGCGUCUGGAGCGGCCCUGCUGUACCCUGCCCUGCCGUGCCCAGCCACGCUCCCAGGCUCCGCUCCCGGCCCCGGCGCCCUCCCGGCAGGAUGGCAUCGGUUGAAAAGGAGACACUGUCCCAGGAGGAACUCCGGAAAAGGCUGUAUCAGACUUUUAAGAGCCGAGGCGUACUGGACACACUUAAGACACACCUCCGAAACCAGCUAAUCCAUGAACUAAUGCACCCAAUUUUGAGUGGAGAGCUUCAGCCACAGAUGGUUCCAAGUGAAGACAGUUCACUUUUGCUCACUGCUUCCAACAGUUUGGUGGCAGAUCAUCUAGAGAGAUGUGGCUAUGAGUAUUCACUUUCUGUUUUCUUUCCAGAAAGUGGAUUAGAGAAGAAGAAGCUGUGGACUGUGCAAGAUCUUCUUCAAUUAAUGAGGAUCAGUCCAGAAUCCAGUCUUUACAAAUCACUGACUUCAGGAACUCGGAAGAAACAUAAAGGUACAAAAUGUUUGCAUGCAAUGCAGACAGAGAUAAUUGUGUUAGCUUCAUUUUUAUUAAGAUGUUUUCUUAUGCAAAUUUUAAUUGGACUCACUGAACAUCAUCUAAACAGGGAAACUCACAACACAGAAACUCAGACCACCUCAGUGCCUCCUUACAGAGAGUCUCUUGCUGAGAAGCUUCAGCUGAUUGACGAACAGUUUGCAGACUCCUAUCCUCAGCAUCAGAAAUAUGAAUCUUUAGAAGUAAAACUUAAUGAAUAUAGAAAAGAAAUAGAGAAGCAGCUUCAAGAAGAAAUGCAUCAAAAGCUUCAACAUUUUAAAGAAGUUGAAAUAGCAAAGAUUAAAAUGGAGGAGAAAGUGCAAACCCAGAAAGAAAUCUCUGAGCUGCGCCAUGAGUUAGAGAGGACGCAUCAAGCAAAGUCUGAAGCCUUGAUUUCUCGUGAAAAGAAUGCUAUUGAGAGGCUUCAAAAGCAACAAGAGAUAGAAGCAAAGGAAGUGUAUGCUCAGAGACAAGGUCUAUUGAAAGAUAUUGAAGCCAUAAGGACCAGGGAGGCAGAACUGAAGCAAAGGAUGGAGGCAUUUGAAAUCACCCAGAAAGUUCAGGAGGAGAAAAAUAAAGCUAUAGAAGAUGCACUUCGGCGUCGUGAGGUUGCUGUGAAGAACAUAGAGGAUACAUAUGACCAAAAGCUGAAGACAGAGCUCUUAAAAUACCAGCUUGAGUUAAAAGAAGAACACAUAGCCAGAACCAAUAAAGUUACUGAAGAUGAGAAGAAAAAUAAAGAGAAAGCUAUGCUUUUGCAAGAAGAAGCCAUUGCUGUUAAUUCAAAAAAGGAGGAACUCAAGCAAGCUGUAUCACGUGCCAAAGAGCUUGAGCUGGACUUGGAGUCAGUGAAGGCCCAGGUUCUGUUGGUAAAUAAACAGAAUCAUUUGUUGACAGAAAGACUGAAAGAGGUAUCAGACUAUCCUUUGCUAAAGGAGGAAAAAGUGGAGCUCCAAGUGCAGAAUAAACUACUUAGGCAACAGUUGGACGAGACUCGGAGUGAGAAUCAGCAUCUUCGAGACAAGCUGUCCCAGCCCUCAGCGGAGUACCUGGCCUGCCAAGUGGAGCUGAGGAGAGUGGAGCAUUCUAUGAAGGUGGUGCUGGAUGAAUAUGAAAGUCAUAAGCAUAUGUUGGAAAAACAGCUACAAAGUGAGAUUGAGCGUUGUGCCCAGUUAAAGGCCCAGCUGUUAGACUCUGAAGCUACUGUCAGGAAGUUAAAUAUGCAGGUUGAAGAACUGAAACUGCAAGUAAAGCAAACACAGGCAGCUCUGGAGAAUGAGGUGUAUCGGAACCCAAAGCCGUCGCUCGUCGACCGCUCCGUCCUUGAUUUCCUGGGAGACAGCAAGGGGGACAGGCUGGUGCCCCACGACCUUUACGUGGAUGGCGCGUUCCCGAGGAAGCCGCUCCUGCCCGAUGUGGGGACGGCCAGCGCCGUGCCAGGGCCUGGCUGUCACCUGCAGCUGCAGCCACGCGGCGCCUCCCCGGACUCUGACCUGGAGUGCAUCGCACAGGCCCGGGCCAGGGUGAAAGAGCUGGAAAAGGAGGCCGAGUACUUGGAAGAAGCCUACAGGAGUUACCAACACAGAGUCAUGUUGAAUGCAGCUGCAAGCAGAACACCAAGCAAGAUGCAGCCUCCUUUAAUUCUGCCGUGUCCUCUUAGUAGCAACCCUUUGACUACCCAGCAGGAACUGCUAGAGCAUAAUCCCAGCUGCCCACAUUCCCCUCUGGGCAGUCCAAGAGGUGAGGAACGCAUCAAAAGAACUGGGCAGGUCGAUACCUUUAAAACUCCCUUCACGCCACCACGCAGAGGAGCAUCUUCAAGGCGCCUUUCCUCCACUCCUAUUUCCAAACUGAAGAAAGACCUCAGUAACAAGAAGAUUCCCGAUGAGAGCAUCAAGAGCUCAUCCUUUACCUCUUCACAGCGGAGUGUUGACCAGGUUCUUUCUCCUAUUUCAAAGCGAUAUUUGCUUUCAUCUUCUGAGUCUGUUCCUUCCUCACCAUCCAUGAGCCAGAAAAUCAGACUUCAGAAUCAACAAACAGAUAAACAAGAUCUCAGUGAUAUUCACAAACCAGAGAAACUAAGGUAUGAGGAUCUUGAAGAACACAUUUCUUCUCUUGAAGAUCAGGGGGACAUACCAGAGGAGUGUGAAAGUGAUGUCUUGCAUCCAUCUGGGGACAUUGUAGAUGGAAAUUGUGUCACAGCCCCUGUGCCAGCAGCAGCCACUUCACUGCAGGACUUAACGGUGCUGGAUCAAAGGCAGAUUGAAGAACAGAACAGAGAAGUUGAGCAAAACUUAGAAGAAGAAAGGAAAGCAGGAGAAGAAAGGAAAGAAAAAGAACAACAGGAAGCUUUGGAAAGCGAGCAAAAAGAAGAGGGAAAGCUUAAUGAAGAGGGGUAUGUCCAAGACUCGAUGAAAACAGAUGAAGAAAUAGAAGAUAAAGAGGGAGUAAAAUCUGAGCACAGUAACACUGCUGUUGAAAAUAAUGUAAAGGAUCCUUCUUCCAAUCCAUUAGAAAAAUACAUGAGAAUAAUUCAGCAGAGCAGAGAGCAGGAACUGGCAAACAAGGAUUCAAAAAAAGAAGAAAUAAGAGAAGGGUCACCUUCAGAAGGACUUCUGUCUACUGAAAAUGAUGACAGUCUUGCAGACAUUUCUCAUGGAGACGUGGAUGAAAGCUUCUGGUGAACAAUAACUACUGAUUUUUUAAUUUGUAUUAUUAUUAUUAUGAGAAAGAUAUUUUUAAAGUAGUUUUAUGCCUUUAAUAAAUGUUUGCAGCAACACUGCAGGCUAUGUAAUUAUAAAUUAAUAAAGCUGAUUUUGAUCUGUUUCA